CAUGGCGGAGCUCAAACUCUCAGAGAUGCGGGACCUAACUAGAAUAGAACGCAUCGGUGCACAUUCCCACAUCCGCGGCCUUGGUCUUGACUCUACCCUCGAACCCCGCUCCGUCUCCGAAGGCAUGGUGGGCCAGACCUCCGCCCGGAAGGCCGCCGGCGUCAUCGUCCAAAUGAUCAAAGAAGGUAAAAUCGCCGGCCGAGCCAUCCUACUAGCUGGCCAGCCCGGCACCGGCAAGACCGCUAUUGCCAUGGGCAUGGCCAAAUCCCUAGGGCAAGAAACCCCAUUCGCAAUGCUCGCGGGGAGCGAACUCUUCUCUCUGGAAAUGUCGAAAACCGAAGCCCUAAUGCAGGCUUUUCGUAAAGCAAUUGGAGUUCGAAUCAAAGAAGAGAACGAAGUGAUCGAAGGGGAAGUUGUUGAAAUCCAAAUUGAUCGUCCUGCUGUGGCUGGUGCAGCUUCAAAGACCGGGAGAUUGAAUUUGAAGACGACGGAGAUGGAGACGGUGUACGAUUUGGGGGCGAAGAUGAUUGAGGCAUUGGGGAAACAAAAAGUUCAGAGUGGGGAUGUGAUUGCCAUUGAUAAGGCCUCCGGGAAAAUCACGAAGCUUGGGAGGUCGUUUUCGCGAUCAAGGGAUUAUGAUGCAAUGGGGCCACAGACAAAGUUUGUUCAGUGUCCUGACGGGGAGUUGCAGAAGCGGAAAGAGGUCGUGCAUUUCGUUACGCUUCAUGAGAUUGAUGUUAUCAACAGCAGAACGCAGGGAUUUCUGGCUCUCUUCACUGGUGAUACUGGUGAAAUCCGAGCUGAAGUUAGGGAACAAAUUGACACAAAGGUUGCAGAGUGGAGGGAGGAAGGGAAAGCAGAGAUUGUGCCAGGCGUCCUCUUCAUUGAUGAAGUCCACAUGCUUGAUAUCGAGUGUUUUUCAUUUCUAAACCGUGCUUUAGAAAAUGAUAUGGCACCAAUACUAGUUGUUGCUACCAACAGAGGGAUCACUACAAUCAGAGGCACAAACUACAAAUCUCCUCAUGGCAUUCCAAUUGAUUUUCUUGAUCGCUUGCUCAUAAUAUCUACACAGCCAUACACAGAAGAAGAUAUUCGUAGAAUUCUUGACAUUAGAUGCCAAGAGGAAGAUGUGCAAAUGUCUGAAGAUGCAAAGAUUUUAUUAACAAGAAUCGGAGUAGACACAUCCCUGAGAUAUGCCAUCCACCUCAUCACAUCUGCUGCACUGGCUUGCCAGAAGAGGAAGGGGAAGCUUGUGGAAAUGGAGGACAUUAGUCAUGUUUACGAGUUGUUUUGGGAUGUGAAGAGAUCAACACAGUACUUGAUGGAAUAUCAGGGCCAGUACAUGUUCAAUGAAGUGCCAACAGGAGAGGGGGAUUAUCACACCAAUGCCAUGAUUUCAUGAGCAAGUUCUUUGCCGUGGAAUCUGUAAUUUGUGACUCUUUGCUGUUCUGCUGCUGCUGCUUUUUAAUUCGCGCCGCACUCAUAUAUUCAAAAGUCUUAUUCACAUUGUAAUGAUUAAUGUUUAUGUGAUAGUUUGGAUGAACAGAUUUUGAGUAGAUUUGCAUACAUGUUUGAUAUGCUAUAAAUUUGC